GCUCUGUUUGAGCAACUAACCUGGCAACGGGGUUAGCCUGAGAAGCAGUCCUCGGCCGUUUCUUCAGGCUGCCAUGCUGCUGCUCAGGCUCCUGUCGCUUCUUCUUGCUGUACUUUUCUCUGGCCUCCACAGCCUGCCCUGGUCCAUAGAUAUCCUCGAGAGCCAAGGCCCUGGUAGCAUCCUUCAGUCUUUCACCUUCAACUGCUCCUCCUACACGCCCACCCUGGCGUUAUUCAGUGUGAAACCACCCACUGGGUUUUUCAACGAACCCAGCCUGCACCAGCAAAACGGAAUAUAUGUGGGAAAGGUGACCUUGAGUAGCUCCGCUCGGCUGGACGCCCUGGCGGUCAACCGCUACGAGCUGCAGGUGCAGUACAAAUGCGGCAACUUCGUGCGAGAGGUUCACCUCUUCGUUCACGUGCAGCCGAAGCCCAGUCAAAUCCAGUGUGCUGGUCCAUUCGCCAGCCCAGCUGGGGAAUUCAUUUAUGUACCAGAGACAGUCUCACCUGGGGCCCUCCUGUACACUCUGUUGCUGCCAGGCCUAGGACAUCAGAAAGCCCAGAUGAACAUUACCAGUGCUCAAGAUCCUCCAUUCUUCCCUGGGCCUUUCUCCAUUGAUGACCAGGGACUGCUGCGGGCACCAGCCCAGGGCCUCAGAGGCCAGGCCCAAAAGGCCUUCCAGCUGCGGAUUUUAGCGUCUGCGGGAAAAAGCGGAAGCUGCAAAGGGAUGCUGACAGUGAAGGUUUUGCCGCAGCCCUCCAGCCGAGUCUCUUUCUUACAGAAGGCUCAGAGUAUCACCAUUCCAGAGGAUCUGGUCCCCGGGAGCGAGGUGACUCAGGUUCAAGCUAGGGGAUUCAACUUACUCUAUGAAAUCAUCUCCCCGCUGCCUAGUUCACUCUACUCCAUUGGACAAGCUGACGGGGUAGUGCGGACGACCGCACCCCUGGAUUUGGCUCGUGCUCAGGGCGCAGUGGUCACGAAACUGCAGGUGAGAGCCUUUGAGAGGCUCCGGCCUUGGGCCAGCGCCGAGUCUGAGCUCACGGUUAAAGUGCGCGCGGUCAACCAGUGGCCCCCACGCUGCCAUCCAGCGCUACUGGUGACUCAGAUCCCAGAGACUGCGCCUGUGGGCACGGUGCUGAACGCUCUCACUUGCGUUGACCCCGACUCUGCUGGCGCCCCCCUCGACUACCAACUACGGUUUCACAGCCCUCCCGACUCUGCCAGCCUCCGUCUCAAUAACGGAGUCCUUGAGGUGAACACGACAUUGGACUGUGACGCUCCUGGGGCUUGCUUCCAGCAUGCAGCUUUCAUCUUGGUGUUCGAUGGUGGUCAGCCCCAGAUGACCAGACCCCUAGGGCAGGUGUGGGUACCUCAGGCCAGCUCCUUACCUGCUGAAUGGUCCCCAGCUGAGGUUCCAGUCCUGGUGACGGUGACACUUGUCAAUGAGUUCUCUCCAGCCUGUGUCGCACGCACGUUCCGGGUUCGGGAGGAUGCUGGGCCCCACACUCUGCUGGGCUCCAUAGCGGGCACGGAUGCGGAUUACCCUCCUCACAGCCUUGAGUACUACAUCUCUGGCAGACCCUCCACCUUUGCUGUGGAUCGUCUCAGUGGAGAGCUUCACCUCCUGGGACCUUUGGACUAUGAACAGCAGAGGUUGUACAGAAUCGUCAUUCUGCUGAUUGAUCACAGCCAAGACUGGGACCUCAACCACCGCCGCUCAGGUUCAUGUACCAUAACCAUUGAAGUUGAGGACGUGAACGACCAUGCCCCCGAGUGUGAGCCUCCGUUUCAGGAACUCACCAUCCACCCUCCCCUGGGUCGUAGCACGGAGGUGACCCAGGUGUCGUGCUGGAUCCCUCAGGAGCCACAGCGCUUGGCUUUCUCCUACAGCAUCGUGGGAGGGAAUAGCCAGAGCCGGUUUAGACUGCAAGGAAGCAUCCUGGUGCACAAUGACACUGUGCUGGGGCCCCCGUGGCCAGAGCAGCCCCGCACCUAUGAGCUAUUGAUCCACGCUGCUGAUGCGGGCCCUUCCGUGCCCCACCUUAGCACCACAGCCACCAUCAUUGUGCAUGUAGUUCCUUGGAAGGCCAGCACAGUGGCUACCAGCACCCACAGAAGCACAGUGUCCUCAACAAUGACACCCCUGAUUGUGACAGACGUAGAGGCUUUCUGGAAGCCAGAUCCCUGGUUUGUGAUAGUGUUGACAGCAAUUGGUGCAGUUCUCCUCCUGGCUCUGGGUUGGCUCGUCAGCAGGAUCCUUCAGGGAUUGGCCCAGUCGCUACAGGCACGGAGCAAACCAGCCAGGAGUGCUUUGUUGCUAAACAGAAUCCAGGGAAAUGAAGGCUCCAUUGAGAGGCACAUGGAGGCACCAAGAAUGGAGAUGUCCCAGGGGCAUUUUGAUGGCAGAGCCCAAGAUGUCCGUACAGGGAGAGAUUACCUGUUCAGCACGCGCACGGGAGCCCGGCGUUGGCUGUGAGGCUGAGCGGCAUGGGAGCCCGGCGCUGGCUGUGAGGCUGAGCAGCUGCUUCUCUGUGUGUGGAAUUCCCUUUUUACAUGAUCAUAGCCUGACUUUCCAAGCAGAUUUAGUAAUAAAGACUACAAAGAGAAUGCUGCCCACCUUGAAGUCUUUGUGCAGGAGAAGCUCCGAGAUCUGCGUUUCUUUGUUCUUCUUUGGAGAAAGUGUCACUCCUUGUGGGCGAACCAUGGAACAGUAAGAUUUUCCUCUGAAGAAGCAUUGUCUGAUGCCCUGAUAGAGACUGACACUUUAUAGAAGAAGCCCUUAUCUUAUUAUCUUUAUUAGUGAUGGAUAGACCCCCAGCUGUCUUGUCUAUUCAGAAAAAAAAAAAACAACUUUUUUUUGAGGCAGGGUUUCACUGUGUUGUCCUGGUUGGCUGGCUUCAAACUUAUAAGAGCCACUGCCUCUGCUCCUCAGUGCUGGAAUUAAAGGCAUGUGCCAUCAUGCCAGCAAGACUUACUUUAAAAUUUGUUGAAUAUUUGUUCAUUUUUUUAUUUAUUGAGAGACAGGGUUUUUCUACAUAACCUUGGGCUGCCCUGGAAUCACUAUGUAGACCAGGCUGGCCUUGACCUCACAGAGAUCUGCCUGCCUCUGCCUUCCAAGUUGUUCUGGGAUUAAAGGCAUGCACCACCAUUCAGAGCAAAAACUUCAUUUUAAAAACAUCAUUUCCUUUCUUUUGUAGUGUAAGCUGGCCUGGAAUUAUUAUAGGCACAUGCUGUCAUGGCUGGCUUGACACUAGUACAUAUGUGUACAUGCACGUGAAAGCCAGAGGACAAACUCAGAUGUCACCCUCACCCUGUUUGAGACAGGUCCUCUCACUGACCUGAAACUCACUAAGUAGGUUAGGCUGGCCAGUGAGGUCCAGGAUCUGCCCAUCUCCUUCCUAGCACUGGGAUUACAAGUGAGCAUUGUCAUGCCGAGCUUUUAUUUUUAAAAAUAUACUGUAGAUUCAGGGGCUCUCUCAUCAUUGUUGGUCUUUGAGGGUCCCAUCAGCUCUCAUGGGCAGUUUGCCAACCUUGUGUAGAGGUUUUAUUGGGAGGGAUCUGGAAUUUUGGCAUAAAGUUGCAGGGUGGGUGAGAGCCGAGAAUCUGUGUGUAGCUGGUCAUGGAGGGAUUGGUGAAAGCCUCUUUCUAAUGGUGGCUCCGUGACUUUGUAUCUGUUUCCACUGUUUCCUUAUUGCCUAGCUCUUCCUGUGUUAAUCUAGAUCAUUGCACAUAGCCAGGGGCUUUGUAACAGCCUGCAGAACAGAUUUUACUGUGUGCAGUGCUGACCCCAUGUCCAAUCUGACGUCAGGCUUGUCUCCAAGAGCACCUGCUGUCUGAGUAGAGGCUAUGCUUAACUGUAUUGUCUUCAAGUUUUCUCUCUCUCUUUUGGGUGUUCAAGACAGGGUUUCUCUGUGUAGCCCUUGCUGUUCUAGAACUUGCUCUGUAUACCAGGCUGGUCUCAAACUCACAAAGAUCCUUU